AUGCGCGGAUUAGGGAAACAGCAGCAGCAGCAGCAGCAGGGACGGCCUGCAGACAGCGACAGCAGCAAGGGCAGCAGAAGCACAGACUUCAAGGAGCAGCAGCAAGACAACGAGGACGCUGCUGCAGCGGCUGCCAGCGAGGCGCCCACUGCAGCAGCAGCAGCAGCAGCAGCAGCAGCAGCAGCAACUGCUGAAGCAGGAACCCGCCCGAGGCGAGUCGCCGCGGGGUGGAGGAUGGCGGGCUUUGUGACCCUUCUGAAAAGAGGGGCCUCAGUGGAUCCCGCUGCUGUUCCGGGAGAGGAGGCGCUGGCAGCAGCAGCAGCAGCUGCUGCUGCUGCUGCGUCUCUGUCGCCUGCUGCUGCUGCUGCUGCUGGGGCCCCCACAAAUGCUUCGUUUUCUACCCCAGCAAAAUGCCCCCCGGGGGGCCCCUGGGCAGCGCCGGUGCAGCAGCAGCAGCUUCGAGCUGUAGUUGCUGCUGAGCUGCUGCAGCAAGUCAAAGCUGACGCAGGGGAGGGAGCAACAGCAGCAGCAACAGCAGCAGCAGCAGCAGCAGCCCCCAUAGACUCGCUGCAGCGCGUGCUGCAGCAGCUGCCCCUAGGAGAAGCAGCAGCAAGGCUGGGGGUGCAGCGCAGCACUUUAGCCCGCUGGGGCCGCAUGUGGUCUCAGAAGCAGCAGCAGCAGCAGCAGCAGGGUGGCGCUGCUGCAGCAGCAGCACAAGCAGCCACCAAUGCAGAUGCCACUCCAGCAGCAGCAGCUGUGGAGUAG